GCAGCGGCGGCAGCUAAAGCUGCUGUGGCGACCGACGCGAGGCGGUGGCAGAGGAGACCCACCCCUGUCCACAUGGACAGCCGUAAAGGCCUCCGCUGAUGCAUUCACGCCUGGGCGGGGUGGGCGGACGGCCGUAGCGGCGGCGGCUGCAGAAGGAGCGAGGGGCCUGGAGGCGCCUGACGGUCGCAGCGACCUCGCCGCUCCGGCGCGGCGAGUGCGGCCAUUUUACGGCCUGGGACGAAGGGAGACGUGUUUGUGUGCUCGCCUUCAUCCUAAUUUCUUGGGAACCCACUGCUAGGGGAGGUUUCUUAGGCAGUCUGGGUGGGCGGUGGAUGGGGAGUCGCGGGCCGAGAGGAACCGGGCCCGGGAAGCGCCGCCGUCGACGUCGCCGCUCGCGUUCCCCCGGAGGGGCCUGAGGAGAAGCUCGGGCCGCGGGCCUCGCCGCCCGCCAGCCCGCGGACAGGCCGGGGCGCGCCUGGCCUGCUUUUGUGUAGGCCCGUCUGAACGUGGGAGCGCCGCCCGCCUGACGGCUGAGCCCGAGGCCCGCAACCCUGCGGCGGCUACCCUCCUCCGGCGCGGCCCCUCAUCCCGGCGAGCACGGCGGCGGUGUGGGCCAUGGAUUAAGAAGGAGGCGGCGUGGGAGGAGGAAGAUGGCGGCCGGCAAGAGCGGCGUCAGCGCCGGGGAGAUUACUUUUCUGGAAGCUUUGGCUAGAUCAGAGUCUAAGAGAGAUGGAGGUUUUAAAAAUAAUUGGAGCUUUGAUCAUGAAGAAGAAAGUGAAGGAGAUACAGAUAAAGAUAGGACAAAUCUGCUCAGUGUGGAUGAAGAUGAGGAUUCUGAAACCUCAAAAGGGAAAAAGUUAAAUCGUCGAUCUGAAAUUGUUGCUACAAGUUCUGGUGAAUUCAUCUUGAAGACAUAUGUAAGACGAACCAAGUCUGAAAGUUUUAAAACUUUGAAAGGCAACCCAAUUGGACUUAACAUGUUGAGCAACAAUAAGAAACUGAGUGAGAAUGCGCAAAAUACAUCAUUAUGUUCUGGAACUGUAGUUCAUGGUAGACGUUUUCAUCAUGCUCAUGCACAGACACCAGUAGUAAAAACAGCAGCCCAAAGCAGUCUGGACCGAAAAGAAAGGAAAGAAUAUCCACCUCAUGUCCAAAAAGUUGAAAUUAAUCCUGUAAGGUUAAGUCGGCCCCAAGGUGUUGAACGUAUAAUGAAGAAAACAGAAUCUGAGUCUGAAUCACAAGUGGAGCCUGAAAUUAAGAGGAAAGUACAACAGAAGCGGCACUGUAGUACCUAUCAGCCUACUCCUUUAUCUCCUGCUUCAAAAAAAUGUUUAACCCAUUUGGAGGAUUUGCAAAGAAAUUGCAGACAAGCUAUUACUUUGAAUGAGUCUACUGGACCAUUAUUAAGAACAUCAAUUCAUCAGAAUUCUGGAGGACAGAAGUCACAAAACACAGGAUUAACAACCAAGAAGUUUUAUGGCAACAGUGUAGAAAAGGUUCCAAUUGAUAUUAUUGUGAAUUGUGAUGAAAGUAAACACAGUUAUUUACAGACUAAUGGAAAAGUCAUUUUACCUGGGGCAAAAAUACCCAAAAUCACAAACUUGAAAGAAAGGAAAACAUGUUUGUCAGACCUAAAUGAUCCAAUUAUUUUGUCCAGUGAUGAUGAUGAUGACAGCGACAGAACUAACAGAAGAGAGAGCAUAUCUCCUCAGCCUGCUGAUUCAGCAUGUUCUUCCCCGGUACCAUCCACUGGAAAAGUAGAAGCAGCACUGAAUGAAAAUACUUGCAGGAUAGAGCAUGAACUACGAAGCAUUCCAGAAGACUCAGAGUUAAAUACAGUUACAUUGCCAAGAAAAGCAAGAAUGAAAGACCAGUUUGGCAAUUCUAUUAUCAACACACCUCUAAAACGUCGUAAAGUGUUUUCUCAAGAAACUUCAAUUGAUCCUUUAUCUUUAAGCUGCCAAAGUUCCUUUGACAGUGUCAUUUUAAACUGUCGAAGUAUCCGAGUAGGAACACUCUUUCGACUAUUAAUAGAACCUGUAAUUUUUUGUUUAGAUUUUAUCAAGAUACAGCUAGACGAACCAGACCAUGAUCCUGUAGAGAUUAUUUUAAAUACCUCUGAUCUAACUAAAUGUGAAUGGUGUAAUGUCCGAAAAUUACCUGUAGUGUUUCUUCAGGCAGUACCAGCAGUUUAUCAAAAGCUGAGCAUGCAACUGCAAAUGAAUAAGGAGGAUAAAGUUUGGAAUGAUUGUAAAGGAAUAAAUAAAUUAACAAAUUUGGAAGAACAGUAUAUAAUCUUAAUUUUUCAAAAUGGCCUUGAUCCUCAGGCAAAUAUGGUAUUUGAAAGUAUCAUUAAUGAAAUUGGAAUAAAGAAUAACAUUUCCAAUUUUUUUGCAAAAAUUCUUUUUGAAGAAGCCAAUGGCAGACUUGUUGCCUGUACGAGAACCUAUGAAGACAGCAUCAAAGGAAGUUGUGGGCAAAAAGAAAACAAAAUCAAAACUGUGUCAUUUGAAUCUAAAAUACAACUUAGAAGCAAACAGGAAUUUCAGUUUUUUGAUGAAGAAGAAGAAACUGGAGAAAACCACACUAUCUUCAUUGGCCCAGUAGAAAAGUUGAUAGUAUAUCCACCACCUCCAGCUAAGGGAGGCAUCUCCGUUACCAAUGAGGAUCUGCAUUGUCUAAAUGAAGGAGAAUUUUUAAAUGAUGUUAUUAUAGACUUUUAUUUGAAAUACUUGGUGCUUGAAAAACUGAAGAAAGAAGAUGCUGACCGAAUUCAUAUAUUCAGUUCCUUUUUCUAUAAACGCCUUAAUCAGAGAGAGAGGAGAAAUCAUGAAACAACUAAUCUGUCAAUACAGCAAAAGCGACAUGGGAGAGUAAAAACAUGGACCCGGCAUGUAGAUAUUUUUGCAAAGGAUUUUAUUUUUGUACCCCUUAAUGAAGCUGCACACUGGUUUUUGGCUGUUGUUUGUUUCCCUGGUUUGGAAAAACCAAAGUAUGAACCUAAUCCUCAUUACCAUGAAAAUGCUGUCAUACAGAAAUGUUCAACUGUAGAGGACAGUUGUAUUUCUUCAGCCAGUGAAAUGGACAGUUGUUCACAAAACUCUUCUGCCAAGCCUGUAAUUAAGAAGAUGCUAAACAAAAAACAUUGCAUAGCUGUAAUUGAUUCCAAUCCUGGGCAGGAAGAAAGUGACCCUCGUUAUAAGAGAAACAUAUGCAGUGUGAAAUAUAAUGUGAAAAAAAUAAAUCAUACUGCGAGUGAAAAUGAAGAAUUGAAUAAAGGAGAAUCUACAUCCCAGAAAGUUAAUGAUAGGACUAAAAGUGAGAAUGGCCCACAGAAUGAAGGUUUAAGUUCCACGCAUCAUACAGAUGGCUUAAGCAAAAUCAGACUAAACUAUGGUGAUGAAUCAACUGAAGGUGGUAAAAUGCUUGAAGAUGAACUCAUCGACUUCUCAGAGGAUCAGGAUAACCAGGAUGAUAGCAGUGAUGAUGGAUUCCUUGCUGAUGACAACUGCAGUUCAGAGAUAGGACAGUGGCAUUUAAAGCCUGCUAUCUGUAAACAACCUUGUAUCCUACUUAUGGACUCACUCCGAGGCCCUUCUCGGUCAAAUGUUGUCAAAAUUUUAAGAGAGUAUUUAGAAGUGGAAUGGGAAGUUAAAAAAGGAAGCAAAAGAAGUUUUUCCAAAGAUGUUAUGAAGGGCUCUAAUCCAAAAGUACCACAGCAAAACAACUUCAGUGACUGUGGUGUAUACGUAUUGCAGUAUGUGGAGAGCUUUUUUGAGAAUCCAAUUCUCAAUUUUGAACUACCUAUGAAUUUGGCAAACUGGUUUCCUCCACCAAGAAUGAGAACAAAAAGAGAAGAAAUCCGAAACAUAAUUCUGAAGCUGCAGGAAGAUCAGAGCAAAGAGAAAAAAAAACAUAAGGACACUUACUCUACAGAAGCACCUUUAGGCGAAGGAACAGAACAAUAUGUCAAUAGUAUCUCAGAUUGACCAUUUCUGUUACUUAUCAGUUCUGCCUUCAGAAACUAAAUGACUUUCAAGUUUGGGUAUAGACAAUAAAGAACUGAAGUGCUUACUACUCAGUGAUUUAGAAAUUUUGAUGCUUGUAUAAAUGUCAUAUAAUUAAUUUCCAAAGGAGUAUGUAUUAAGUAAAAGUCUGUAAAUAUGUUAAUGAGGCCAAUUUUUCCAGCAUUUAUAAUUAUUUUUUUUCACUUCUUAGGAAGUUUUUGUUAUGUAUUUUCUGUUCAUAGUACCUAAAAUUGCAACUUCUAAACACAAAUAAAGAGAAAAUAUUUAUAGGAGGAAAUGA